AGCUUUUGCGUCGUGGAUAUCAAAAGCAACCUGCGCUGAAAACACUUCAAAUCGUCAAUACACCACACCAUAUUCCACGGCGACAGCUGUGUUGAUGCCGGACUCUGCUGGUGGACUCGAGAUGCGUAGCGCACAAAUACUAGGAGCCAAGCGAUCACGCGUCCACAAAACAGAAACUGCGACCACCGAAAAAAAAGUUCAAUGUCAUCCAUCCGGGCAAGGGUAAUGAAGAUAAUGACUAUGAUGACUGGUGUUCCGAUUCGCGAUCUCCGCAUCGCGUUGUCGUUGUUGUGGUUCGCACUAGUUCGCAGUACUGCUCCCGCUGCUGUCAGGCCGAUAUCUUGCUGUAAUCGAUACCACUGGAUCCAUAUCAGUUUGACCGAGGUAGCUGAUAACCCAAAUCGCACCUAAUCAAAGGGGGUUUAUUCUUCCACUUGGCACGGUGAGAUAUUAAACGACCAGUCGCCGGAUAAUUUCAUUUGCAAACGUUCCUCACUCCAAGUCAGUCCGGUUGAAGAAGGUUUCGCAAGUUGAACGCAAACAUGCUGCGCCAAGCGGUGAAAGUGAACAACUCUUUAGUGGUCAGUACGGUUCGGUUCCGUAGUACUCAGGCCCAGGCUGCAACAAUUGAUAGCGCUGCGGACGAUGCCCGUGACCAGGAAUGGGACAGUGCCCUGCCCUACAGCAAAAUUCCCGGCCCUGGAGUGUUUGAGAUGCUGAAAAAUUUUGCCCCGGGAGGCCGCUACCAUAAUGCCAACUUUCCUCAAAUGCAUCGUCUCUUCCGUGAGGAUUAUGGUGAUCUGGUUAAGAUGCCGGGCAUUCUCGGACGCAAUGAUGUUCUGAUGAGCUUCCGACCGGACGAUUACGAAACCCUCUUUCGCAGUGAAGGUCAAUGGCCCAUACGACGAGGUUUCUUCGAUACGUUUGUUCACUAUCGACAGAAAGUCAGACCGGAUGUGUUUAAGGGUCAUGGUGGACUGGUGACCGAGCAUGGAGAAAAUUGGCAGAACUUCCGUACGGCGGUCAAUCCUGUUAUGCUUCAACCAAAGACGAUCAAGCUGUAUGUCGACAAAUUGGAUGAUGUUACACAAGAGUUCAUGAAAAUCAUGUUGAAAAUUCGUGAUGACAAGAAUGAGCUGCCAGGAAAUUUUAAUCAGUGGUUGAACCGCUGGGCAUUGGAAACGAUGGGAGUACUGGCUUUGGACACCAGAUUAGGUGUUUUGGAGGAUUCGCAGUCCGAAGAAGCUCAUCUAAUUGUCAGCAAUAUUCGUCAAUUCUUCGAACUAACGUACCAGCUGGAUGUGCUGCCGUCCGUGUGGAAAUAUUAUAAGACACCGACAUUCAAAAAACUGAUGAUCACGCUGGACAAUCUAACUGAUCUGGUAAUGACCAAAGUUGAUGACGCUGUUAUUAGAUUGGAAAAGAAUCCCUCAGCUCCGAACGAUACUCAGAGUGUGUUGGAAAAGCUGCUAAAGGUAGACCGACAUGUCGCAAUUGUUAUGGCAUUCGAUAUGUUGAUGGCUGGUGUGGAUACGACCUCUUCGGGCGCUACAGGAAUCCUAUAUCUUUUGGCCAAUAAUCCGGAUAAACAAGCCAAACUUCGGGAAGAAAUUCGAAAAGUUCUACCCAAAAAAGAUUCACCGUUGACGCCUGAAAACAUGCGCAAUCUUCCAUAUCUGCGUGCUUGCAUUAAGGAAGGUCUACGUCUGUGUCCACCAGUCGCAGGAAACUUGCGUGCCGCUGGAAAGGAUCUCGUUCUACAAGGCUAUCAAAUUCCGAAGGGGACCGAUGUUGUCAUGGCAUCUAUGAUCCUGAAUCAUGAGGAGAGAUUCGUCGAGAGAGCCAAGGAGUUCCUACCAGAACGUUGGCUCCAGGAGGAUGGCUAUCCUAAUGGUAAGGAUGCUCAUCCGUUCUUGAAUUUGCCGUUUGGGUUUGGAGCACGGACAUGCAUUGGUCGGCGCUUGGCCAUGCUGGAGAUGGAGAUGAUAAUUUCGCGAAUCACCCGUCUGUUUGAGUACAGGUGGAACUACGGUGAACUGAGGAUAACUUCUACGCUGGUUAGUGUACCCGUCAACGAGCUUCGAUUCCAGAUGACCGAGCUGGAAGAUUAGAAAUUGUCCAGAUUUCAUGUAAUGUAAUAAUUAAUCAUUAGUUUAUUUAAAACAAGGCUGGGUUUAAAAAUAAGAUCUCAUACACAAAUGAAAUGAUGUCUUG